GUAUGCGAAUUGGGACGCAGGACAAUCCGGGAAGUAUUCCUCUGCUUCCUCAUUCAAUGUUUGGCCACAACGCUGGGCAUAAUGUUGACUAGUCUGAACGUCAGUAUUUCUUUGCAGUGAUAUAAUUCCCACGUGUAGUUAUGCUGACUGGGUUGAUGUACGCGUUGUUAGCCGGAUUGUUUGGUGCGUUUGCUUCCUCAUCUGCAAAAUUAUCUUUGGGAGCCACUUACCUUAAAGAGCUGUGCGACACUGCUGUGAGAAAAUGGACCGAGGAGGGCAAUUUAACCCCUGGUGUGGACUCUACAGCUUGUGAAUGGGUCCACAUUCCUCUGAGACUGGUGUGUGGCCUCCUGCUGUUCAGCUCUAAUGCUGUGAUGUGGACCUUCUUUGCCAAAGCUCUGCGACAUUCAUCGUCUUCAGCUCAGGCUACUGUAACCACUACUGCCUCUAAUUUCAUCUCCUCUGCAUUCCUUGGAUAUGGGAUAUUUGGAGAAAGCCAUGCACUGUUGUGGUGGGUUGGCAUCUCACUAAUCUUGUUGGGGCUCUUCCUCUUGCAUGGAUCAUCUCUCAAGGACCAGCAAUUAGAUGUGAAAAAGGAUGACUAAUCUCUCAGAUGUGUUAAAGAUGAUUUCCAAAUGAUUAAGUCAAGUUUUUAGAAUGUGUUUUAUUUAGAUUGUGUUAUGCAGGGAUUUAUAGCUGACCCCACAGCUAGGCUCUAUCUUUAAUUUAUUAGGAGCACCUAUGCCAGUACUGGAUAGAGCCUGCCUUUGCUUUCAAAACACCAUUCUACAAGAUGUUGGAAACACUCCUUUAAGACUCUGGUCCAUGUUGACAAGCCUGCAGCACAGGUACACUUUCAUGCUGUGAAAGGAGAUCUGAAAGGAUCUGGUAACUGGGAAAGGCACUGAAUACCACUGAACUCAUUGUCAUGUUCAUGAGAUAACUUGCCUUGUGACAUGAUGCAUUAUCAUAUUGGAAGCCAUCAGACGAUGGGUACAUUGUGGCCAGGAAGGAGCGCACAUGUUCAGCAACAGUACUCAAAAAGGCUGUGGCAUUCUUUCAGUUGUUUCAUUACAACUGUUCAGGAAGAAUUUCAUCACCACAGUGUAGUGAAAUGAUGAAAUGAAGUUGGGAGUGUGUGCUCUAGUGCAUUGGACCUCACCUGUUUUGUGUGGUUGUACAGACUACAUGUGAUUGCACUGACAUUGGGAUGCCUAUAGGGUAUGUCCAGCUACUAAUCAAUGGUGGUCAAGCUUCCUGAUGGGCUUGUCUGGCAAUAAAGGACUCCUAUAGGCAUAUCCUAUACUGAGACACCAGAACAGAUGCUUGAAAGGGAACUUCAAUCCUGGUUCUCUGAUAGUGUGAGUGAAGUAUCUGACCAGACCAUACAUACAGAAUUUUACUCCUUUAAAAUUCUGUAAUGGCAAUACAUUGUCUGUCAAAGAGAAGGAGCAGCUGUCCAUGACAUGUUCAAGCACUGUGAAACUGAAUAAAUAUUUGUGCGUGAUGUUAAACCACAAUGAUCAAACUCGUUUGAAGUAAACUUGUCCCUUUUUAUUAGUGUGUGUCCUUUAAUUCACAUGAAAUGUUCAUUUUACACAAAAGAUUACGAUAUAUUUUUCAAAAAAUAAUAAAAGUUUGUUUGCUAUGAAAUAAUGCACAAUUAUAACAUCAUAAUGCCCUCACAGUAUUGGGAUUUUCACUCUAGCUAUUAGUCUGUCAACCAUGUAACCCUUCACACAAUGUGUCACUGGAUUCGGUUUCAUAAACAGUCCUAAU